AUGCCGGCCUCCAAGAUUCCAACCCUCGUUCUCGGCGCGACUGGCUAUGUCGGCGGAGCGGUCCUUACACGUUUUCUCGCCGACUCUAGCAUCAUGGACCACCUUGAGAUCACCAUCUACAUUCGCUCAGCGGAGAAAGCCAAGGUGUUUGAGGAGCAGUUUGCAAUCAAGGCCGCCGUGGGGGAGUACGAUGAUUACGAGAAGAUAGAGAAACUCGCGGAGGAGUUUUCUAUCGUGGUCACCGUGGGGAGCGAUGUUGAAAAGAGCAUAUUUGAAGCACUGAUCAGAGGUAUGAAGACCCACCGCGACAAGACGGGCGAGCGACCAAUAUCGAUCCACACGACUGGGACAGCUUGUCUCGUCGACUUUGCGCAUUUCAUGGGUAUUUCGGUGUCCGAGCAAAUCACGUCGGACCUCGACGCCGACGCGCUCGAGAAGAUCCCACCCCACGCCCCCCACCGCGCUGUGGAUCUGCUCUUCCUCGACGCGGACAAAGCAGGGUACAUCCGGAACCUCUUCGUCAUCCCCCCGACGAUCUUCGGCCGCUUGACCGGCCCCCUCGCCGACGCGGGCCUCUGCAUGUUGCACUCGCAGCAGAUCCCGGCGCUCGUCCGCGCCGCCGUCGAACGCGGCCGCGUCGCGAUGGUCGGGAACGGCGAGGGCCUCUGGGGCCACGUCCACGUCGACGACGUCUCGGACCUCUUCGCGCUCCUCGUGCGCACCGCGGCCACCAGCCCCGACCGCCUCGCGUUCGGCCGCGACGGCUACUACUUCGCGGAGGCGGGCGAGUACUCGCACCGCGCGCUCGCGGAGCGCGUCGGCGCCGCGCUGUGCGAGCUCGGCGCGGUCGCGGACCCCGCGCCGGUGGGGUACAUGACCGACGAGGAGAUCGCGGCGCACGCGCAUGCAGAACGGUUCCUGGUGGCGAGCGGGACGAACGCGCGGUGCCGCGCGGAGCGGUCUCGCCUACUCGGUUGGGAGGCGACGGCGAAGUCGAGCAUCGAGGAGAUGUGGGCGAGCAUCAAGCCUGAGGCGGAGCUUCUCGUCAUGGAGAUGGGGCGGGAGAAGGCGAGGCGCGAGGCGACUGCCGCCUGA